AUGGUCCACCAUCAAUGCAAAAUCGUCGUUCCUAUGAGCAAGGAAGCCUAUUGGAAAAUUAUUUUCUCGGAUGAAUUUGAUACAUUCGCUGCACCAUACCUUAAAUUCAAAAAGAUUGAAAUUGAACAUGAUACUGCUUGUACCGAACCAAAUAUUUUGAAGAGAAGAGUUAAAGUUUAUCCCGAUUAUGCAAUUCCAAGUGCCAUGUUGUGGUAUUUGGGCCAAACAGAAUUCCACUACAUUGAUGUCCAACAAAGAGAUGAAGCAAAGCAAGAAAUUAUUUCACAUACAAUUCCUCCAGUCCAUGAAGAUUAUCUUACAAUUUCAACUCGUCAAUAUUUCGAACCAAUUGAUGAUAAUAGUUGCACACAUAUUAUGGAAAUUGAAGUUUCUUGCUCUGCUUGGGGUAUUGGUACAAUUGUAGAAUCAGCUAUCGUUAGUGGUGUUGAAGAAGGUUAUGGUUUAUUACCAAAAGCUUUGGAAGCUUUCCUUGCUUCAAAGGCCAACAACUAG